AUGUCUUUCAGAUCGCCUAUUAUAGAGGAAGAGGAAGAGUUUGAAGAAACAGGCGGAACAGAAGAAUCAGGUUCUAAAAAUCAGCUACCUGAUAACUGUGUCGAAUAUCUUCUGUUUUUUCUGGAUUCUCAACAUGAUGCCCGGAAGCAGCUUUCACAAAUCGAGAAAAUCCGAAAAGCAGGCGCAGAACUCGCCACCUCUCUGACAAAGGAUUAUAUAUGGCAAAAAGAUGACUUCAACCUCAACUUAAAAAAUGAACAUGGCCUGGUGUACCUCCACGGCAUCACGGACUACAGCGAUGCUGUAGAAGAUGAGUGGCUGAUUGUUUAUAUUCUGAGAGAACUAUCCAAGUUGCACGCAAACCUCUGGAUUCGGGUUUUUGAUACAGACGGCGAGUUCCUUCUCGUUGAAGCCGCCAAUGUGCUACCAAGAUGGCUGAGCCCAGAAAUUGACAACAAUCGGUCAUGGAUCAACAAGGGAAACCUACUUCUUAUCCCAGUGAAGGAUGAGGUCGGUCUGAGGUCUCGGAACCUCGAGCUGCCGGAGGCAGUUGAGGCCAUCAAGACGAAACGCAAUGCCCUCGUUCACUCGGGAUUUGUUGAAGCCGAAGCCUUUUACAGACUGGAAAAGUACCCAGCACAGAUUGAUGAAUCCAUUCACCACUCUCUGGCCACGAUACCCAGGAAACUGGCAUAUGUUCUACGCUCGCUGCCUAAAUCAGUUGCACCAGCGGUCGAAACGUUCUACCUUCGAGACCCAAUUGCUCUGAAACGUAUCAUCUCACCACCUGGACGGUCAACAUUCCCACCAGAAGACCUCAUCACUACCUCUGUUCGGUUCAGCAAAGUCCUUUUCGCCCAACUAUGGUCCCAGCGAUUCGAUACCCCGCCGACCUGGAGUGAUGUACUUCGAAAAGCACAAAACGAAGCAUCCUCAAGCGAGGCCGAUAAGACCAUGGCGAGGUUGGAUAUUGGAAUGAAGCUAACAUGUGGAUUUGAAAUGUUGUCUGCAAAAUCUGAAAAAAGUAAAAGCAGAGUUGUGCGUGAGCUUGCCAUUGUCCUCGAGGAUCUGGAAGAGGAUGGAAACGAGGCCCUUCCUUCAGACGAAGAGAUCAAGACAUGGAAAGAUGCCAACCGCGAUGACAGUGAAGCAUGGAUGGACAUCAACUACCAAGACUUUGAGAAAGAACUAGAGGGCAAGGGGAGAAAUGCUUCCUUCAGCACGAAAUCAGGUUUUGGUGACACAAAUACACAAUCUGACCUUCGUAAGAUUGUGUCUCGUUUCGAAGCAUUCUUGAACGAUGAUACCGCUGGAAUGGACGGCGCAGAACUUGACGAAAUGGACUAUGACGAUGACGGCGAUGACGAUGACGAGUUUGACGAUGAUAGUGAGUCAGAAGACAAGGAGGUCAGCUUUGACGAAGAGGAAUUCGCCAAGAUGAUGAGAGAGAUGAUGGGCCUACCAUCCACAGCCUCAAGCACAAACACAACCAGCAAGGCUACAGACAAACCCAAACCCCAUGUUAUAAACGAAGAAGACGAAGAGAUCCAGAAGCUCACCACGGAGUUUGAAGCAGAACUCAACGAGCAUGGCGCUCUUAAGCUUGACCCUGUCGACAAGCAGCCUCGUCUGAAGAACACAAGCCAAAAAGAGGGAGAGAGCAGCCUUCCAGACAUCGAGGAAGAAGGAGAAGAGGACAGCGAGGAAGAAAUUGACAUCGAUUACAACCUGGCAAAAAAUCUGCUAGAGAGUUUCAAGAGUCAGGCGGGUAUGGCCGGGCCGACAGGGAAUUUGUUGGGUAUGAUGGGCUUUCAACUGCCCCGGGACGAGGAUGAUGAGAAUACCAAGGAUGAGGACGAGGAGGAUGGCACGUCGACGAAAGGAAAAUGA